CAGCCGGUCGGCAUCUCCGCCUCCCCGUGCUGCACCCCUCCCCUUCUCUACUGUAUCCACACAUUCGCACCAAAACUCCAUCUAUGGAUCGGCACUCGUAUCACCGUCAACAAAAACAGGAAUUAAGGACGUAAAAGAAAGGAAAGGGGCAAAGUAAUAAGACAAGCAAUGCUAUCUUCUGACAAUACCUCAAUCCGACUGAGAGCGAAGCAGGAUGAAUUUAAUCUUUUCAAGAUUCUUGGCAUACUUUUAUUUCGGGUUGCAAGUCCUUCUCCAUUCCUUCAUCGGUCCCUGUUACCCCCAUCCCCAGCCCUGCCACAUACUGGCGCAGAUAGGACACACAGUGCGCCUGGGUGCCCUGCUGCCUACCCGCCAGCCGUCCCGGGUACAAGCCGCUCUGAACCGCGCCCUUGCCAGUCUCGCCCAAACUGGGAACAACUUCCUUCCUUACAACCUGAGCUUGGAAAUGGUACCGAGAAAACCCCCGACUGGGGACCCCGAGUCCCUUUUCAGGUGCGUGUGUCAGGCGAUCGUUGUUCAGGGGGUCUCCGCGGUGCUCGCCUUCCCCCAGAGCCAGGAAGAGCUCGUACAAGUGGAAUUUAUGGCUACUUUUUUGGAAAUCCCUUUCAUCAGCAUCAUUGAGCAAGGCGAACCCCUGAAAACACAGAACCGGUUCCACCUGCAGAUGGCGACGCGGAUCCCACCGUCGGGCUUGACGGAGCUACUGCUGACGGUGCUGCGGCGGAGUGGCUGGAACGAGGGCAUGGCAGUGCUGUGUCGGGGCUGGGAGGAGGCCGGGGUGCUGGAGCUGCUCAAGCUGCAGAGCCGGCAGGGUGGCUCCGGGGCCCGCUGGCGCCUCCGCGGGGCCCUCAACCUGUCAGAGGCGGAGCAGGAGGACAUGGAGGUGCACGAGUUCCUGUCCAAGCACUUCCGGCAGGCACGACCCCCGCCCACCUCAGUGCUGCUGUUCGGCAGCGACCCGCAGUGCGCUGCCACGGUGCUGCACAGCGCCCACGAGCUGGGCCUGGCGCUGCCCACCAUGCACUGGGUCAUGGCACAUCCGCUGAGCCCGGACGCACUGCACUCCAUUGGUCUGCCGUUGGGCUUGCUGGCCUACGGGGAGGUGGACCGCAAGCCGCUGGACUUCUACAUCCGUGAUGCCCUGCAGCUGGUGGCCCGGGCUGUCGCUGCUGCCACCGUGGUGCGGCCUGACCUGGCGCUCAUCCAGAACAUGGUCAACUGCUAUGACAAGCCCAACAAGCAUGAGGUGCCCUCCUCUGGGCAGUACAUCGCCAGGUUCCUGUCCAACACGUCCUUCAUGGGGCUGACUGGCCCCGUCAAGGUCCAGCGCAAUAUCUCCCGCGUGCUCACAUCCCAGCGGUUCCACAUCUGGAGCCUGCGGCGGGACGCAGUGGGGCAGCCAGCCUGGGUGACAGUGGGCAGCUGGGAGGGCAGCCAGCUGCAGGUGGAGGAGCAGGGCCUGUGGCCGGGGCCCUCGCAGCGACAGCAGGCGGCGGGGCAGGACCGGCGCAGGGUUGGCCGUUGGGACGCCUCGGUGCCGGUGGCGGGCAGCCGGCUGCGUGUGGUCACACUGGUGGAGCACCCCUUUGUAUUCACACGCGAGGUGGAUGAAGAUGGCAGCUGCCCCGCUGGGCAGCUAUGCCUGGACCCACGCAUCAACGACUCUGAUGCUCUGGACCGCCUCUUCCGCGACUUGGAGCAGGGCAACAAGUCAUCCAUCCCCAAGGACAUCCGCAAGUGCUGCUAUGGCUACUGCAUCGACUUGCUGGAGAAGCUGGCCGAGGACAUGCACUUCCAGUUCAAUCUCUACAUCGUGGGUGACGGCAAGUACGGGGCGUGGAAGGGCGGGCGCUGGACGGGGCUGGUGGGCGACCUCCUGAGAGGGGCCGCCGACAUGGCUGUCACCAGCUUCAGCAUCAACUCUGCCCGCAGCCAGGUGAUAGACUUCACCAUCCCCUUCUUCUCCACCAGCCUGGGCAUCCUGGUGCGCAGUAAGGAUACCGCCGCCCCCAUCGGCGCCUUCAUGUGGCCCCUGCACUGGUCCAUGUGGAUGGGCAUUUUCGUGUCACUACACAUCACCGCACUCUUCCUCACGCUCUAUGAGUGGAAGAGCCCCUUCGGCAUGACACCACAUGGCCGCAACCGUGUCAAGGUCUUCUCCUACUCCUCGGCCCUCAACCUGUGCUACGCCAUCCUCUUCGGCAGGACGGUGUCCAGCAAGACACCCAAGUGCUGGACAGGCCGCUUCCUCAUGAACCUCUGGGCCAUCUUCUGCCUGCUGGUGCUCUCCAGCUACACGGCCAACCUGGCUGCCGUCAUGGUAGGUGAGAAGACCUUCGAGGAGCUGUCUGGCAUCCACGACGCCAAGCUUCAUCACCCCUCGCACGGAUUCCGCUUCGGCACUGUGAGGGAGAGCAGCGCCGAAGACUACAUGAAGAAGAGCUUCCCUGAGAUGCACGAGUACAUGAGGCGCUUCAACGAGCCCACCACACCUGAUGGGGUCUCCACGCUCAAGUCAGAUCCUCCCCGGCUCGACGCCUUCAUCAUGGACAAGGCGCUGCUGGACUACGAGGUUUCCAUCGAUGCUGACUGUAAGCUGCUGACUGUGGGGAAGCCGUUUGCCAUCGAAGGCUAUGGGAUUGGACUGCCGCAGAACUCCCCCCUUACCUCCAACGUGUCGGAAUACAUCAGCCGCUACAAGUCAGACGGCUACAUGGACAUGUUGCACGACAAAUGGUACAAGGUGGUCCCCUGUGGGAAAAGGGUCUUUGCCGUCACAGAGACCCUGCAGAUGGGCAUACAGCACUUCUCUGGGCUGUUCGUGCUGCUGUGCCUGGGUGUGGCUGGAGCACUGCUCACGCUGGCCGGGGAGCACGCCUUCUAUCGCCUCGUCCUGCCCCACAUCCGCCGCCGGCAGAAGUUCAAGUACUGGCUCCACACCAGCCAGAAAAUCCACAGAGCAUUAAACAUGACCUAUGAGGAUGUGAAGAGGCAGCGGGCCAAUGCAGAAAAGAGCUGUAACAUACAGAAGGCGCAGCCCUCGCCUCCUGCCCCACCUGCACCACCAACAGGUGGUGCCGCCACCACCUCCACCACAAUCACCAGCACCAGCGCCACCAAAUGGAACAAUGAAUACAGCAAGGCCUUACGGGAGCCUAAGGAUAACAAGAGGGUCCACUUCAACCUGGAGACCCUCAAUAGCCGCCGUCUCCAGGCACAAGCUACGCCUGAAGUGCAAGGAACUGGCGGAACCAGCAGGGGGACGCUAACCUUGCCUGUGUGUGAGAAUGGGGGACCUGGGCUGAGCCUGCUGCCACCCUCGGCCUCCUCAUCCUCAGGCCUGCUACCCCAGGAGGGCGAGCUGCAGCAGCUGCAGGAGCAGAUCGAAGAGAUGAGGGGCCAACUGAGAACAGCCCUGGCCCGGAGGGCUGAGCUGCAGACCUCACUGGCCCAAGAAAGAGUGGCCCAAGCCACGGUGGUGACACAAACCCCCCCUGCGAGGCUCCUGGCUAUGCGCGCCCCUCCCACCAAAGAGAAUGGCAAGAGGUGAUGGUGAUGAGGCAAGGGCUCCCGCAGGCCGUGGCUCGAGAGCUCAGCUAGGCCAUGAAGACCUUGCGGCAUGCCUGAGAUGGACCGCCAUCUCCAUCCGGCAGGAUCCGCCCUGGACUCUUCCCUGGGACGCUGGUGCCCACAGUCAACUCACUGACUCUCUCCAUACUAUCCAGGGCCCCAGAGAGGAGAUAUGAGGCAGAGCAAAGCACUUUCUGGAAGAACAUGAGCCCCUGGCUCAAGCUGAUCGACAGUCCCGCUUCAGGAUGGGCUACCACACUCACACGAUUCACUCCUCAGACUCAGACCAUGGCGGCAGACACAAAUACUGACCCCAGACUGGUGAAAACAGAGAUGCAGCGGCGAGCCGCUGUUAUAUGAUGGAUGGAGGGUCAGGGUCAUGCCGGGGAUCAGCCGCGAGAGAUAACAGUCUCUGCCUGACCAUGCGCAGAUGGCUCACACUUAUGCAAACUCACAACGGCAGCCCGGGGUCUGGACUCAUGAGGAGCCGUGGGCUCAGAGACCUGGAGCAUCUUUUUAAGGUGUCAUUGUUUCAUACUCCAGUAUGGACUGGUGAUGUUCUCUGGCUUUGACUCCCCCACCCCCAAUAAACAUUGUCUUAUUGAAGUAUGA